CCGAAAAUGUAAAAUGGUAAGUUAGAUAUGUGUUCAUAUAUUUUCAUUUUCUUCAAACAAGCCCUUCUACGGAACGGAAGAAUUUGUUUUUUAAGUGUUAAUUCACUAGACGAUUUGAGUUUUUUCAAAACCACUCCUUCCGUCUCAUUUUCCCUUCCAUCUAUUUGCUUUAUGUGGGUCCCAUACUCCACAGACGCACUCCAAAUCUCUCGUUCGCAAAAUCCUUUUUCAUCUUGGGAGGAGGACAACCAAAAACCCUAGCUUGCUCACCAAAACCACGACGAAAUUCUUCUCUCUCGGAAGAAAAUGCUCAAGGACCUCAUUCAGAAGGUCUCGUAGUUGAGGUAUUCACCAAAAAAAAAAAAAUAACAAAAAGAUUUACAUUGUCAUCGUUCAUGGGCCCACAACAUUACAUUGAUCACCGGUGACGUUUUCACAAAUCCUAGUUUUUGCUCUUUGAGGGUUUCUUUCUUCUCACAUGAACUAGAACGACUGACUGCUGACUGUACGUCGUGAAUAAGGCGUGACACACACAUAUAUAUAUAUAUAAAAGAAUUUCUGCUCCCAAAAAUGGAAUGUCAUCGAGCCGCAAACAACAACGACGGGUGGACCUCCUACUAUGGAACCGAGUCGUUUGGUUGCCCCCCUUCAAAGAACAAAAAAAAAAAAAUCAAAAUUUUCCAUUCGGACGAAUCAGGAGAUCGAGUGUAUGAUUCGUAGAAAACAUGCGUAUAAAAAACUAGACGAAGUAGUUUCAAAAAAUCACACGGUUAAAGGACUUAAAACGUAUAUUUUAAUAAAUUUGGGACUUACUUUAAAAAGUUGUAUAGUACAUGGCCCAAAAUGUCACUUCACCAAUACAAUUAAAAAAAAUACAAAACGAUAAUAAUGUGUUGCUUGGAAGUUUUGCAGUGAUUACAAGGAAUCUGAUGAUAAGACCACCCAAAAAGCAAACACUAUAAAAAUGGCAGCAAGCAAUCCAUCUUCCAACACUCUCCUCACCCAACCUCUAAUCUCAUCCCACAAUCUCCAUGGAAAACAAGGGCUGUGGCCACAAAGGUUGCCCACUGAACCAAAUGUGCAGAAAGAUCCACCAAGCCGCAUUCGGCGGCGAAAAUCACCGUCGCAUCACCUCCUCCACCACCACCACCACCCACCACCGCCGCAGUACUGCCACCGCCGCGGCGGAAUCCCCAGCCGCCGCCACCACAAGGGUGAUCGACAUCCAAUCCAAACCACCCCAGCCGCCGCCGCCACAACCACAUCACAAUCGAGCUGCGGCGGUGUCAUUCAAGCCGCCGCCGCAGGAUGGCGGCGGCGGCGGCGAGCAGCAACACAACAGCCACCAGAGGAUUCACGUCGAGGACAGGUUCACCGAUUACAUCGGUCGGGUCAGGAGGAAGCUCAGGACGCUGUCCACCGUCGGCGGCGGCGGCGGAGGCGACAAUAAUCGGUAUAAUUAUGAUAAGCGCAGUUCAGGGGUUGGGAAGGACAGCAAGUUCUCUGACUAUAUUAGCCACGUGAAGAACAAGUUCGUCCGUACUUCAACUACUUCGCCUGCUGCUGCCAAGUCCAAGUCAUGGAUUAAGUGAUCGAUUUGGGUACUUACUGCUUUAAUUAAGCAUGCUUAAUUAAUUGGCGUUCAUUUCACGACCAGGAAUAAGUCAUUUUCUCGAUUGAUAUCUAUAUAUAUUUGAUUCCCUUUGUCUCUCGUAUGUGCAUUUGCUUGUGUAUGAUCUUCAUUUGUAAUGAUGGUUGGAGUGAGGUUCCAGAAGUGGUAGAUGUUCUUAUCCUACAUUACCACAACAAUGUUUGGCUUGCUUUUUAUGCAUCGAUAUUGUAUAUUAUGAUUGUUUUUAAACGUUAUGGUUUGAUGAUCAAUGUACAAAUGUGCAAGUCUACGAGUAUGCAAGACCGACUUCAUUUAUUGGUUUGACUUUGUUUACAUAAUCUGAUUUAAUAAUCUUAAUUUAGGAAUGAUUAGAUCUCAUGGUCCACGUCGUAAGGGACAACCUGCAUAUGUUAAGGGUUUGAUGUGAAUUUUCAGGCAGCAGUUAAAGUGUUUUUUCAAUCUGUUGUAAAUCUUCAAGGAAUAGUAUGUAAUCCAUUCAUUUGAGGUCAGUUAGCACACUAGUUUUAGGUGGUAAGAUGAGAUCCUAUUACGGUGGUAAGAUGGUAAUACAAUGUCCUGCCAUGGUGAUAAGAUGUUGAUACAAUGACUUACCUUGGUGGUAAAAUGGCGAUGAGAUGUUUUACCAUGGUGAUAUGUUCUUACCAUGACGAUUAGGGAUGGCAAAAAUAUCCGUAACCGUGGAUAUCCACCCGAACCCGGUCUAAUCGGGUAGGGUAAAACCCGAACCCGAAGGACAUUUAGUGGGUACGGGUAAAACCCGAACCCGAAUAUUGCAGGUAAUGGGUGGGCAUGGGUUUCUCAGUAUCCAACCCGAACCCGCCCGAUUAUACACAUACAUAUGUAUUUUGUCUAGAAAUAGUCAUUAUUUUUCUCUAACAUAUUUUAUGUUUAGCAUAUAAAUAUAAUAUUUUCAUGAAAUUGUGUUGUUUUAAUUAAUUUUCUUCAUUCUAGUGAAUUAUUGUCAUACUUUUCCUCUUGCGUAAUGUGAGAAUACGUGUGAAUGUUAACAUAUUGGUUGGAGUUAUGAAGAGAAAUCAUUACCCAUGGAUAACCGUGGAUACCCGAAACCCGAAUGAGUAUGGGCAUGGUUUUAACUUUCUACCCGUGUUAUAUGUGGGUAUGGGUAUGGGUAAAACCCGAACUACUUUGGGUAGGGUAACGGAUAUGCACUAUCCGUCCCCGACCCGACCCAUUGCCAUCCCUAAUGACGAUACGAAAGCAGCAAACACGAUUUUAUGGAACACAUAUGUUUUCUCCAAAUACAGCAAAUUGAUAUCAUUAUGUAGAUUAUAAUUGUCACACCGGUAUUGGAAAUUUCCAAUGGAAAUUAGUGAUCAUCAAUGGCAAUUAAAUAUGGGAAACGUAAAACUAAUUAAUCCCCUACCAACACACUAUCAAUAGAGGUAUGAUAAUUAAUCUUAGAGUAAGCUAAAACCAAAGCUAAUCAACCCCACCCAUUAGAACCCUCACGAGAAGACACCAACACUCCCGUGUUCUCACCACCAACUACUCACAAUACAGCAUCUAUGCUCAAGUAAACCAAAUACAUGAAGAAGAGUAAAGUAGUUUAGGGACUUUUCAAAUUAUGUAGAUGCAUAAUAGUAAAGAUACGUUAUUAAA